GAAAUGUCUCCCCGACCAGAAGACGACGAUCUCGUGAUAGAACCAGCCGACGAUGAGGGUCUUCACUACGGAAAUGCAUCAAUGGAGGGUACAUCAACUGGUCAACGACCGUACAUCCGUCUCACUUCUCAACUUCGAAAUGCCACCAAAAGUUCGGGAGACGAGGUUCGGUUUAAGUGCGAAGCACUUGGAACCCCACCACUCAAAUUUAUAUGGCUCAAAAACAAUGGUCCAGUGGAAAAGACGAAACGAGUGAAAAUUCGUGAUAAGGAGAAUUCAUCUCGACUAGUCAUUACACAAUUGGACGUAUUAGACAGUGGAUACUAUCAAUGCAUUGUCUCAAAUCCAGCAGCCUCGGUUAACACGACAAGUGUGCUCAGGGUGAACAACGUGCCGGAUGCGGUGAAAUUGUCACAGAAGAAAGGAUCACAUCACUCGACAAAACAUAUUGCAUUCGACGAGUACGAGGACUACGAGAUGAUGGAUCGUGGACGGUUACCAGACGAAGAAGACGCAGACCUCUACCGUGUCCCUGACUCAGCAGCUGGCUCCAACUACGCCCCUGUCGCUGUAUCAGAACGAUGGCUAGAUGGUAUCAAAUACCGUGUCGGCGACUGUGUCCAGUAUCGUGGUGAAGCGUGUCGACAGUACUUGUCCAACAAGUUUGUAAUGAUGACCAACGAGUCUCGAGAGGAAAUGUAUGACAUUGACCGUAAUCUUCGAGCCGCCAUGUUGUUCAUCAACGGAGCACCGACGAUCUCUCAAAAGUGUCGGCAACUAUCACAGGCGGUCGCUUGUCAUCAUAUGUAUAAAGUUUGCGAAUCGGAUUCUAACAAUCAAAUUGUUUCGAUUUGCAAGCACGAUUGUGACGUUAUUCAGAAUGACGAAUGCCCAUCAGAAUUGGCACUUGCCGCGCAACACGAAUUGGUUGGGGAUACACCAAAGGCGUUAUUCCCGUUGUGUUCUCGGUUAUCAUCUACAUCAAAUUGUAUUCCGGUUAUGAGCACGGCGCUUCAGAGUAGCCCCGUUGCCGAAGUAAAUCGUGGUCAUCUUACCCAUUGGUGUUAUGUGAACAGUGGUACACAAUACGAAGGAACCGUUGCCCAAACAUCAUCUGGAAAGCAAUGUGCUCCAUGGAUCGACUCGACAUCUCGUGACUUUAAUGUUCAUCGUUUCCCAGAACUUAUGAAUUCUAAAAACUAUUGCCGAAACCCAGGUGGCAAGAAGAGCCGUCCAUGGUGCUAUUCAAAGCCAAUGGGUCAAGAGGAAUACUGUGAUGUUCCACAAUGUCCAAGUGAUAUGUAUCCUCAUUUGAAUGAUAAGAAAGUGGAGGGAAGCACAAAAGGAGGCGUCUCAGAGUCUGUAACAGCUCUUUGGGAUUCUCUUGAUCCUACAAUGCAAGUAGCUCUUGUUGGUGGUGGAGUAUUCUUUUCCCUUUUACUUCUUCUUUUGUUCUGCUGUGCGUGUUGCUGUCGAGCAAAGAAGAAGUCUCAAAAGACACGUCAUCAGAAUGCACAUUGCUCCAGUGCUCCUUCUGUGAUCAAUAGUGCCGCCAAUUCUGCAUAUUAUCGGAAAUUAAAUGGAACAAGUACACCUAUAAUGGGACGGGUACCUCCUCACGUUGAAAUGACAUCACUUCUCCCAUCUGCACAACAUCUCGGACCUCCACCAUAUCCAAUGGAUCAACAUCUCCAACAAGCUCGUCGUUUUCCAUCUCAAGAGCCAAUUGAUGAUAACUCUUACAAGGUCUUUGAAAUCACUCCAUCACAGUUGAGUGUUCGCGAGAAAAUUGGAGAAGGACAGUUUGGAGUUGUGCAUUCUGGAAUCUAUACAUCAGGAUUAUUUGCUCCGGAACCGAUGGCUGUAGCAGUUAAGAAAUGCAGACAUGACGCAACGAAUGCCGAAAGAGCACAACUUGAGCAGGAGAUUCGUGCAGUUGCGACAUUUGAUCAUCCGAAUGUCAUUAAGCUUAUCGGUGUCUGUUAUAUGGAUAACUCUCUUCUCGCAGUUUUUGAGUACAUGGUUCAUGGUGAUCUUCACGAGUUGCUGAAGGUUCGAGUGCCACCAGCGGAUCAUGAUAUGGGAGGAAUUACGGAGGCAAACGCUGAGUUCUUGUAUAUUGCGACUCAAAUUGCACUUGGAAUGGAAUAUCUCGCGUCAAUGUCAUUUGUGCAUAGGGAUUUGGCAACGAGAAAUUGUUUGGUUGGAGAUACAAGGACUAUUAAGAUUGCUGAUUUUGGAUUGAUGAGAACAAGCUAUGGAAGUGAUUAUUAUAAGAUGCUCCAUCGCUCUUGGAUGCCAGUCCGUUGGAUGUCAAAAGAAGCAAUUGAACAAGGAAGAUUCAGUGAAGCAUCUGAUGUAUGGUCAUUUGGAGUCACACUUUGGGAAAUUUGGUCUUUCGGUCGUCAACCAUACGAAGGAGCAUCGAAUCAACAAGUUAUUGAGCUUGUUGCAAACCGACAUUUACUAGAAUGCCCUCACAAUUGUCCAACCAACAUCUACAGUUUGAUGGUUGAAUGUUGGCAUGAAAACAUUGAGCGAAGACCAACAUUCUCGGAAAUUCGUAGUCGAUUGCAGUCAUGGUCAUUGGCAAGUCCAGCUCAUUCGAUUCUUCAGCAGCAUAAUAAUAGAGCAGGAUCUCAUAGUGGAUCAUCUGGAGCCGGUCGACCACCAACCCAUCAACGUGGAUAUCCGAGCCAAAAGCUUCAUCGACGUGUCGAAGGAGCAUCCCCGCUGAUGAAACGUCAUGAUGCUAAUUAUGCAUAUUCAGAGGAUGGUGAUUCUGAUUAGGAUGCUUCUUCCCAAAAAUUUUCUUUUUUUUUUGUUGUUUUAUCGGUGAUCAUCUUCCCAUUUUCCCCCUCAAUCCUUUUCUUCACUGUUGUUAUGUAGUUUCAGCCAUGCCCAGGGUACUUCUCUCACUCCGAUUCGAGAUUUCUAUCAUUUUUGCAGCUAGGAAUUUGACCUGUCUUUCAGCGGGACUUUUUCUCUAAUUAUUGAUAUCAUUGAGUAUUAUUCGUAUAAUGUUAUAGGCCAUUUCUCUAAUAUUCUGUUUUCUCUAAUUAAAAAACUAGUUAAGAAUGCUAAUAUACAAAGUCUCACUGCAUUGUUAGCUCGACAAACAGGGUCCUUCUCAUUACCCCCUGACCAAAUCUGAAUUAAAAACUUUAAUAAUUUGUAUGUAUUUAUUUUCAUUUUUUCCCAUUUCUCUCCACAAUUGUCUCCUCUCUUAAAGGUCUGUGAUGGAUUUUUCUAGUACAUCGAAUGAACCGUUUUCUCAUUUU